AUUUCUUUGACUGUGAACAGUAGUUAGGUAGCAGACAAAUUUCGUUCUGUUUCAUAAUUUUCAUUGGAUCCAUAACAAAAUCUGGUUUUUAUUAGUUCCUAUUUCACAGCAACGAACACAGCAAGAUAGGGAAGCCAUAGACUUUUUUCCAUAAUAAUACAAACCUAUAGCUAUAGGGGACUUCAUUCUCGGAGGCUUCAUCAGCCAAACUGAAAGAAGCUCCAUCUAUCCCACAAGCUCUGCCUGACAACCCUCAAUGGAAGAAGAGGUUCAAAGUCUUACUUGUGAGAUUUGUGUAGAGCCCAUGACAGAGACAAAGAAAUUCAGCAACAAUAAGAGGUGUGCCCAUCCAUUCUGCUUAGAUUGUAUUGUCAAGUACAUAGAAGCCAAAAUAGGAGAGAACAGUACAGCAGAGGUACCAUGCCCAGCCUCAAACUGUGACAAGUUCUUGGAUCCCAUCUCAUGCCGACCGAUCCUCCCUGCUGGAUUGUUCGAAAGAUGGUGUGAUGUGCUGUGCGAAUCUGCAGUUCUGAGGGGUGAGAGUUCGCACUGCUACUGCCCUUCGGCCGGGUGUUCGACGUUAGUCCUGAAUGAGUGUGGGGGGAUCAUUACAAAGUCAGAGUGCCCAAAUUGUAAGAAACUUUUCUGUUUCCAGUGCAAGAUCACUUGGCAUGUGGGUUUUGGGUGCAAUGAGACCGAGCAGUUGAGAGAUGAAAAUGACUUUCUAUUUGGCGAGCUUGUUGUCAGGAACAACUGGAAGAGAUGUCCAAACUGCAAAUUUCGUGUGGAGAAACUUGAUGGUUGCCGAAGUAUACAAUGCAGAUGUGGGGUUAUGUUUUGCUAUGCCUGUGAAAAAAUGAAGGAUGAGUGCAUAUGUUGCAUAAGAAACGUGCCUAGAUUGGAUAACCAUUUCGUGCCUUGGAGGGGUGCAACUAGUGCCGCUAUUGAUGAGAGACGUUUGACACAAAACCAAAACGUGGUUAGAGUGGAUAACCAUAUGGUGUGUAGGAGGACUGAAACGUUAUCAAACGCAAACUUUAAUAUAUGUAUGGUUAAGGCUUUAGUUGUAGUUGUUGUUGGAGUACUAUAUGUUGUACUUUGUGUUGUUCUUAGUCGUUAUAAUCAUUAAUUUUUUCUUUAUUAGUGUUGUACUUUUCAUAGGUUUAUUUUUUUAUUUUAAGAAUAUUCCAACAAUACUAAAGUUUGGAAUAGUUAUAUAUGCCCUUAUUGAAGGGUGCUUAUAUAUUCUGGGAUGUGGCUCCCCUCGAUAGAGCCUAGGGAAGGAGUAAUGGCCAUACCAUCUUCGUGUCAAUGUUAACGGGCGACACCAAUGGGGUGCGGUACCAGAUUAUAGGUGACAAAGUAUGGUAGAUGAUAGUUUCAAAAGGGGAAGAGAGAAAUGGACAGACAGACAACACCCAUUGAUGUGCAACACUCGAGUGGCAUGCCCAACCUUUCUAAUUUUUUUUUCUUUCUUAUUUUUGAGU